AUGGACUUUGCUGACAUUAUCUUCGCUUUGUUCAUCGUCGUGGUCGCGGUCGUCUCGCUGUUGUCCAACUUGUUAGUGCUGCUAUGUUUCGUGCACAGCACCGAGAUACGCCGACAGGUGCCCGGUGUCUUCACCAUGAACCUGUCCUUCUGCAACAUCCUCAUCACUGUGCUCAACAUGCCCGCCACUCUGGUGGGCAUCGUCCGGAACCAGCAGCCUUUCGGGGAUUGCGUUUGCCACACGGUGAGCUUUCUGGAGACUUUCCUCACCGCCAACACCAUGCUGAGCAUGGCAGCCCUCAGCAUCGACCGCUGGAUAGCGGUGGUCUUCCCGCUCAGUUACUCCACUAAGAUGCGCUACAAGGACGCGCUGAUCAUGGUGUGCUACUCCUGGCUCCACUCCUUCACCUUCUCCCUCACGGCGCUCCUCUUCUCCUGGGUCGACUACAGUGAUGUUUACGCGUCGUGCACCCUGCAGCCGAGGGACCGAGGCAGCGACAGGAUUAAGUUUACAAUCUUCACAGUAGUUUUCCACGCCACCAGCUUCAUGCUGUCCCUGCUCAUCCUCUGCUUCACCUACCUGAAGGUGCUGAAAGUCGCCAGGUUCCACUGCAAGAGAAUUGACAUAAUCACCAUGCAGACUCUUUUCCUGCUGGUCGACAUUCACCCCAGCGUAAAGCAGAGAUGUUUAACAGAGCAGAAGAGGAGAAAGCAAAGAGCCACCAAGAAGAUCAGCAUCUUCAUCGGCUCAUUCAUCAUCUGCUUUGCUCCUUAUGUUAUUACAAGGUUGGCUGAGCUUCUACCUUUUGUGGACGUCAACCGCCACUGGGGAAUCAUCAGUAAGUGCCUCACAUACAGCAAGGCUGCAUCUGACCCCUUCGCCUACUCCCUCCUACGUCAGCAGUACAAGAAAGUCCUGGUUACAGUCGUCAACAGGCUGCUCCGUCGCGAUCUUUACCCUUCAUCUGGCCACAACAGCUCUUUAGACACAGAGAACGACUACUGUCUCCAGAGGAUCAGCUAAUGGCGACCGUGCGGACGUGACAGAUGCACACCCACAGCGGGCCAAAAACAGAAAGGCUGCCUCUUGGUAGAGGAGGAUGGGCGGAGGCGAAGAAUUAGGAGAGAGACGGAGUGGACAGGAUAUUAGAAGGAAGUGAAACGAGACUAGAUGGAGGGGACAGAUUGUGGGUUCGGGGGGAGGCGGGGGGAGGAGAGAGCAAAAAUAAGGGAGAUAGUGGGUGGGGAAGAUUGAACAGACAGUAAUGAGGGGGAGGAUGAACAGGCAAAGAAACGGAGGGGAAGGCGAGAUGAGUGAGGGGAAGACAGAUAGGGAUGAUGUGGCCUCAGACAGUACUGGUAAACAAGGGAUCUUUAAUUCAUCAACACACAUGAAACCUCCCCCCCACACAGAUUCACACACAGACAAAUCAAUUCCAUGAAACUCGGGUUCAAGAUGAAGCUGAAGGACCACGCUGCUGGAGACGUCUUGACUCGGAGAGAGAAGUGGCCUUUUGCGCUGGAGCAACCACUUUGUAGUCCACGUGUCGGGACCUUUCCUCUUUCCUCUGCCUCGAGACACAGGGACAGUAGCAGAUGCUCAACAGGCAACAGAGAGAAGAUGUAGAGGAGAAGAAAGACUACGUGGUCCCUGCCUCUGGAUAAAGUACCUUCACUGGACGGAUGGACUCUUUAGCAUGGAGGCUCAGCUGCUGCACAUUGCUGCCAUUUUCUGUAUUGGCCGUGUUAGACUACUUUGCAGUGUCAUGUCAGUCACUGAAUAUUGAAGCACUUUGUCUAAAUCUCUCAGAGCUACUAUAGAUACAAGAGCCAAAGGCAAAUAACAUGUACACCACGAUGUUAAAGGACGGAGCUGGGGAUGUUCUUUGUUUUUGUUAUUGUCAA